AUGGCGCAGCACGGCGCCGCGGCCGCCGCGGCGCCGCGCAGCCGCGGGCUCAAGUUCUGCCCAGAAAGCAACGACCUGCUGUACCCCCGGGAGAACCGCAACACGCGGCGCCUCGAGUUCUUCUGCAAGAAUUGCAGCCACGUCGAGGAGGCCGAGCCGGACGACUACUGCGUCCACGUGGCCCGCAUCAAGCACGACAGCAAGGAGCAGACCGUGAUCUUGCAGGACGUGCGCGCUGACCCGACGCUGCCCCGCACCAAGGAUGUAGAGUGCCCAGACUGCCACCACCGGGAGGCGGUGUUUUUCAGCCAGAGCAGCGAGACGGGGAUGGUGCUUUACUUCAACUGCUGCGCGUGCGGGCACCGCUGGCGGGAGGACGUGUAG